GUAACGUGGUUCAGUAGAGAGCGGACUUCUGGACUAUACCAGUGACGUAGCAUGGCCACCAAUGGAAAAGCAGAGAACGGAGUGACCGAGGAGAUCCCUGCUUUACCUUUCCCCCAGCCGGCCAAGAUUCAAGACAUCCAUCAUACCAAGCUUUUUAUCAACAAUGAAUGGCACAUUUCCAGCAAAGGGAGAACAUUCCCGACUGUGAACCCAGCGACAGGUGUCAAGAUCUGUGACAUCCAAGAAGCAGACAAGGCAGAUGUGGACAAGGCGGUGGAGGCGGCCAAGGCUGCAGGUGAGCGGAGUGCCCCGUGGAGGAAGAUGGACGUGUCCAGCCGCGGGAGGCUCCUGCACAAACUCGCAGACCUGAUCGAGAGGGACCGCGUGUUUUUGGCGACGCUGGAGACCAUGGACACAGGGAAACCCUUCCUGCAGUCCUUCUUCAUCGACCUGGACGGCAGCAUUAAGACUCUGCGCUACUACGCCGGCUGGACUGACAAGAUCCACGGGAAGACGAUGCCCGUAGAUGAUAGUUUCAUGAGCUUCACCAAGCACGAGCCCGUGGGUGUCUGUGGAGCCAUCAUUCCUUGGAAUUUCCCCCUGCUGAUGUUCAUGUGGAAGAUGGCGCCGGCUCUGAGCUGUGGCAACACAGUGAUCAUCAAGCCGGCCGAGCAGACCCCACUCACCGCCCUUCACGUCGGCGCGCUCAUCAAGGAGGCGGGGUUUCCCCCAGGGGUGGUCAACAUCCUUCCCGGCUUCGGGCCCUUGGCGGGGGCUGCGCUGGCCAGCCACAUGGACGUGGACAAGGUGGCCUUCACAGGCUCUACAGCGGUCGGCCAGCUGAUCAAAGAGACGGCGGCCAGGAGCAAUCUGAAAAGAGUCACGCUGGAGCUGGGCGGAAAGAACCCCUGCAUUGUGUUCGCUGACUCAGACCUGCGUCUGGCGGUGGAGGAGACCCAGAAGGGAGCCUUCUACAACCAGGGCCAGUGCUGCACCGCGGCGUCGCGGGUCUUCGUGGAGGAAAGCGUCUACGAGGAGUUUGUGCGACUCAGCGUGGCAAGCGCCAAAAGCCUCGUCACGGGAGACCCCCUGGAUCCCCGCACGUCACACGGACCUCAGAUUGACCGAAAGCAGUUUGACAAGAUCAUGGAGUUGAUCGAGAGCGGUAAGAAGGAGGGGGCUUUGUUGGAGUGUGGAGGACGCGCCGUGGACGACACCGGCCUGUUCAUCCACCCCACCGUCUUCUCCGGGGUCAAGGACCACAUGCGCAUCGCCAAGGAGGAGAUCUUCGGGCCGGUGCAGUGUAUAUUCAGCUUCAAAUGCCUGCCGGAGGUGAUUGACAGGGCCAACAGCACAAAGUAUGGACUAGUGGCUGCUGUUUUCACCAAAGACAUGGACCGGGCCUUGUCUGUUUCGUCGGCUCUUGAGGCCGGCACGGUGUGGGUAAACUGCUACAACGCCCUGCACGCACAGACGCCCUUCGGCGGAUACAAAAUGUCGGGCAACGGCAGAGAACUCGGGGAGUAUGCGCUGGCAGAGUACACCGAGGUGAAGGCCAUCACCAUCAAACUGAGCAACAACAUGUAGGAAUGAUGUGUAGGAUCGGGGUAGGGGUAGGGGAGGGGAGGGGAGAGAGAGUGAGAGAGAGAGAGCAAGAGACCGUGGCUCUUAGGAGACGGCCCCAGCACUUACCAUGAUGGCUCCAACGUUUCACUCCGACGUCUUGGUUCACUAAGAAACUACAGCAUUCACUGGCACCAUCCAAGCGGUCAGCUUCCCACGCUAACUUGAUAUUUUGUGCACAGGCGAAGACACUGUGCACACUUUUUGGUUGUGAUUUGAAAUGCUUGGAAAGGGAUGGGAGCGGAGAUGAAUUCAGAAAUGGCAUUUUUUUUACCUUUUAUCAUCCUUUGUGUUAUACUUUAGUAGCCUUCAGUCAGUUCUAUUAUUUUGAUCUACUAUAAAAUGCUCUGUUUUGAUGGGCAGUUUCAUCCCCUUUCACAUGUUGGAAGGAAAUCACUUUUUUCCCCAUUUCAAGUGAGGUAAUAUUUACCUCAAUGGUGACUUUUUUAAUACUGUUACAUAAGAAGAAUGUUAUUUCUACAUGAAGAGAGUUGGUGCAAACUGAAUUGAUCCCCUUGUGUGUUUUUUGUAUUUGUCUUUUUUCAAAAAUGGCCACCCUUCUUCUUUUUCAAUUAGAAACAUUUUGUAAACAAAUUAACGGAUAUGCUUCAUAUGUUUAACACCAACGACAGAAACAUUUCUGACCAUUUUCUAGGUCCUCAAAUGCUUAUGCAAUAGUUAUAACAAAUAAUAAUUAGAUUGAACUUUGUUAUAUAUUUAGGAUUGUUCAUCGCCGGACAUACAGAGAAAUAUGUAUUCUAAUAUGUAUUACAUGUCAUCAGCAUUUCAUAUUUAAAUUGAACAUCUAA